AUGCAGCUUUUUCCCCCACAUUUUUUCACUUUAAUUAUUUUCACAAUUUUCUUCACUUUAACUAAACAACAAAUGCAUCAAAGAAUAUCACAAAGAAAGAUGUCAAAAGAGGAUUUUUAUUUGCCAAAAAUUUCAAAAUUAAAUUAUAGAGAGGAAGUCAUUAAAAUGUUGAGACAACGAAAAAAUAUAAAUACUUGCCAAUUUGGGAAAAUUAGGCCCUUACAAAUUUUUGUUCCAAAAGCGAGAGCACUCCCUAUUAAACAGGCAAUUAAAAAUAAUUUUAAAAGUGGUUUGAUUAAUGAUUCCUCGUUGGGAAAAAAUAGAAAAAGACAACAACAACAGAGACACUAUUCUAAUAAAAAAGUUUUUAGGUGA